AUGUUGAAAACACUACCACGCGGAGGAAUAUUCAAAACUAUUUGGGAGGCGAUACCUAAACCAAGUGAUCGCUACUUCGUUGGAUACGAUUUAGAAGGAAACAAAUACUACGAACAUCCACCAACUACAGACUAUAAACAGCGUCCAAAAAGGACUGUAAAGUACCCAAAUCAUGUCGAUUGGUCGGAGGUUGGAAGGGAAAUGCCUGCACAAUGGAAAGCCUGGUUGAGGCACACGCGAUUCGAGCCACCUUCUAUCCAAGAAUUGGAGCUUGAUUUGUUGAGAAUACAACGAACACAGGAGAACGCUGCACGUAUUGAAGCUGCAUUCGCUGCUCAAAGAAUGGAAGCACCUGAAACGCCAUCUGUCGAAGAACCAGAAGUCCAGAGACAACAUGACGAAGCUGAACUCGCGAAAGCCAGAGAUCACUACAACACAAACCCAUUAGAAGCAUUCGAACCACCGAUUGAAAUCCAAGAAGCUGGUAAAACACCAGAAGAGACAAUUGAACGCGUCGAAGAGCGCAAACAUGGUUUUAGUACUCAAGAAAUGCAACAGAGACAAGAGGAGGAAGCGAAAUUGCGCUCACAAACGAGUGAAUACGCACCAGGUACUGGCAGGACGCAAGAAUGGACACCAAGUGCAGCCCCACGCAGACGCUAA